CCGCCGCCGCCCCACGCAUGCUCGCCGCUGCCGCCACCGCGCCGGAGCCGAGCCGAGCCGAGCUAGACGGGACGGGACGGGACGGGACGAGCCGAGCCGAGCCGAGCCGAGCCGAGCCGAGCCGCCGCCGCAGACCCACAGCAGGACUAGCAUGGGAGAAGCCUUUUCCAGGCAUGGGCAGCUCUAAGGAGCCCGAGGGGCUGCGGCUGCUGAGCUGCCAGGCCGGUGCCGAGGACGCCUGUGAGCCCGGUGCCAGCUCCCCUGGCUGCCCUCCAGUGGGUGAGUGCCUGCCCGGCUCCGGCUGUGCUGCGGGGGGCCGUGCUGUGAGGACCUGCUGUGUGGCUGCACCGGAGGCCCAGGGCACCAUGGCCAGCACGGUGGUGGAGAAGGUGCCAUCGCCGACAGGACCAGCUCCCAGCACGCUUCUCCGGGACGCCGGCACAGAGCCAAACGCAGCAGCAACGACGGGGAGCUGUGGGGGACCAAGUGGCACUGCCCCAGCCUGUGGCCCUGCGGGGAUGGAGGUUCCCAGCACCCAGAAGAACACAGCCUCCGUGUCCCCCCUGCCCGAGCCCUGCCUCAAAGCACCCAGCAAGGAUGUGGGGAGUGCGUCGGCUCCUGCCAAACACGUGGCAUUUGCGGAGCCUACCAUGGCUGCUGGAGCAGCAGCGGAGCUUCCAAGCCAGGGGCAGCCCCAGGGUGUCACAGGGACAUCCCUGGGCGCUGCACCCCAGCCAAGGGGUGGUGAAGCUCCCAAGAACCCGCAGGGGGGCACAGCAGACCCCCCUGGCACCAGCACUUCGGGGAGCAAGGGCAAAAGCGAGUCAAGGUCAAACCCCACUACCCCAGGCCAGGGCAGAGCCGAGGAGAGCCCAGCCCGGCGUGCGAACGCUGGGAGCAGCCAGCAGCCCCAGCAAAGCAAGCUGCUCUGCCAGUCCUACUCCUUUGAAGUGACCCCACCGCAGGACGCCGGGACGCAGGACAUGGGUACACAAGUGGACAACCGAGCGUCCCUGGUGUCAGUGGCCUUGAGUCCUAUGAGCCCCCCAGGCGGGGCUGCUGCUUUCACCUUCCCCAAGAGGGAGCUGGGCUCUGCUGCCGCCCCACGCCUGGAGCCCUCCAAGAAGGAUGCAGAGAUGCAGGUGUCCAUGCCUGUGGAGACCCGCUCCGUGGCCACUGGCCCCAUGACACCAGUGGCCAAGUCCCCGCAGGCCUCGUACCCCGAGGUGCAUGUGAAGGGGACGCUGGUGGAGGAGACUCCGGAGCCCAUCCGGGAGGUGAGCUGGGACGAGAAAGGGAUGACAUGGGAGGUGUACGGGGCCUCCAUGGAGGUGGAGGUGCUGGGCAUGGCCAUCCAGAAGCACCUGGAGAAGCAGAUCGAGGAGAGGCAGGUGGUGGUACCCCCGCAGAGCACCCGCACCAGCUCCAUCAAGGGAGACCCCCGCAAAGGCGAGGAGCCCAAGAGGCAGCCCGGUGUCUUUCGGGCUCUGCUGCAGAACGUCCGGCGGCCCCGGUGCUGCUCCCGCACCGGCCCCGCCAUGGAGUGAGUUGCUGCUGCUGGGGUGGGGGUGCCAUGGGGCUUCUUGUGGGAGGUGAGGGGGAGUCCCUGCCCUGGCAUCCUGAGACACCCGCUGCCAGCGUGCAGGGCUCCUGGGGCAGGUGGUGAUGGAGCACUGCAUGCUGGGGCAAGGCAUCUCCUUUGCUGGGCGUCCCCCUGGCAGCCUGGGGUCCCCACACAGACCUAGCCCCAUAGAGGUACCCCGGGAUAUGACGCUGGUGCCCUGUCUCUGUGCUUGGUGGCGUCUGUCAGCAUGAAGAAGCACAUGGCUUCUUCCAGCCAGAGGCAGCUGCCCAUGGCACAGGUCUGGAGAGGGCUCAGGAUGGGCAUGGGCAGGGAGCUGCUGGCUCCCCUGAGCUCUGGUCUCACUCACAUCCCAGGCAGCAGCAUCACUCCCCAUGCCGGAGAGAUGCUGGUGCAUUCCUGUGCCACCGCUUUGCCUGCCCAGGGCUCAGCCACACUCUGACCAGCCCAUGGCCAUUCACACGCAGCUCCCUGUGGCUGCCCAUCCAGCCCUGUUCAUCCCAGCCACAGCCCCAUCUUCUGCCCCACUGUGUGCUGUGGGUGCUCUGGAGCUGGAAGGAUGUAGGCACAUGGGGCACUGAGACUGAAAUGGGAGAGUCUGGGAGCAACCAUGACUAAUGGAGAGCUGCUUGUCCCUAUCACUGUGGCUGGAGGCCCUUGAGGAGUCUGUCCCCAUGGCCCCCAGCUCCCCCUGCCUGGGGUCUGCCCAGAUCACAUCCUCACCAAGGCUGGCGGUGGGGAUGGGGCCUGCCCUGCUGCCGGGCCCAUCCAGCUGCUCCAGUGCUGGAGAGGCCCCAUGUGCCUGGGACGUGGGUGCACGACCCUGUGACGUCCCUCCAGCAUCCCCAUCCAACAGCAGCCAGGGAUGCGAUGGUCUCAAAGCGCUGCCACUUUUUACAGCUGGGGUUUUAGAGGGUGGGAGGGAGGGGCCUUUUCUUGAACCGUGUUUGCAUUUUUGGAGCUUUUUAAGAGACUCUUUGAGCCGUGUGUGUCCUGCCUGGAGCCGCCUCCUCCCCGGGGUCCUGCGGGGCUGUCACCCUCUUUUCAAACACUUUUCCUACGUUUCUGGACUGCGUCGGGAGCAAAGGGUGGGAUUGCAGGGGGUGAGCAUCCCCACAGCCGGCUGCACCGUGGCAUCCAGCCAUGAUGUGGGGCCUGACCCUGUGGAGAGGACCAGCCCCACAGUGCCAAGUGAGGGCAACCAGCACCUGAUGGGCAGGAAGCUGCUAACAGGGGGUACUUGGGGAGCUGCACCAUCCCCUUCGGGCAGAGGUGUACGAGGGCUUGAGGUGCCGGGGUCACCAGUGCAGCCACUUCUCCUCUCUAAGGGGCAAGUCUUGCCCCACACCCCAAAUCCCUUUUGGGGAUCCUGCGCCUGUUUUGGGCCUGCAGGGCUGUUUCUGCUCGGGGAGGGGCUGUGAGGGACUCGCUGAAGCAUCAGCGAGCAGCCAGUGCCUGCUCUGUGCCAUGGCACUCACUGGACCCGGUUCUGCUCAGUGCCUUGGGCUGCGGGAGCAGUGCUAUGGCCACGCAGGGACGACCAGGAGCCCUGCGCCAUCCCUCUACCACCCUGCCCCGGGCUGUUCCCCACCUCCAGCCCCUCACUGCCGAGCUGUGGCUUCAUCACCCAUGUUGUUCUUUUUUCCUCUUCAUUUCUUUUCUGGGGGGUUGGGGGGAGGAAGGGGCGGGGGGACCAUUGUGUCAAUGUGGAUGUUGGGUAAUAAAACCUUGCACAAACCUCUG